CGACGACGAAGGGACAGCGAAAAAUGCUAAAUAUAACCUUCAACGCGUUACGCUCCCGACCUAGCAUAGCGCCAGUGUGGGGCCAGCUGCGAUGGCGUAGUACCCAGUCACAACCAGCAGCGGCCGAACAUAUCAUCGAGCGCGAUCCAGAGUGGGAUAAUGCUCGCUCCUACGAUGACAUACCGUCACCGACGUUGUUUGGGUUUCUCAAAGAGUUUGGACCGUUCGGUAAAUACAAGGAUGCAACGCUGUACGAUAUCAACUGUAGGAUGCGGGAGCUUUACGGUCCGAUUAUGCGGAUGAAAGGCUCGUUCGGUCGUGAGGAUAUCGUGUUGUCGUUUAAUCCGGAAGACUUCGAGAAGGUAUUCCGCACGGAAGGUGUGUGGCCACGGCGCACCGGUAUGGAUGCGUUCGUCUACUACCGUAAGCAGCAGCGUCCGGAGUACUUCAAAGGAUAUGGUGGUCUGUUAGCGGAACAGGGCGAAGCAUGGCACAAUAUGCGCACGAUCGUCAAUCCCAUCAUGCUACAGCCGAAGAUCAUCAAACUGUACAUCGAAAAGGUGGACGAAGUGGCUCGGGAGUUCAUUGGCAUUGUCGAUGGAUUGCGUGAUACCAAGCACGAGCUACCGGCCGACUUCAACGAGUGGCUUAACCGUUGGGCUCUGGAAACGAUGGGCGUCCUUGUGUUGGAUACGCGACUUGGAGUGCUCAACAGGGAGCAAACGCCCGAAGUUCAAAAGCUGAUUCGACUAACCAAAGAUGCAGUUAGUCUGUUCUUUUACCUUGAUAUUAUGCCUUCGAUGUGGCGAAAGAUCAAAACUCCCGGUUUCUAUCGGCUGAUGCGCACGCUGGACGAACUCUAUCACAUUAUCGCGUCAAAGAUCGAUGAAGCCGUGGUGCGGAUGGAGAAGAAUCCAAGUGUCAGCUCGGACAGUUUAAGUAUCCUGGAGAAGCUGCUGAAGGUGGAUCGUAAUGCCGCAUUCAUAAUGUCGCUCGACAGCCUGUUUGCCGGGGUUGAUACGACCUCAUCCGGUUCGACUGGCAUCCUGUACUGUUUGGCGCACAAUCCGGAGAAGCAGGAUAAGCUGCGGGAGGAGUUACGCAAGAUUCUACCGGACAAGAACUCCAAGUUGACAGCGGAAAACAUGAAAAAUAUGCCGUAUCUUCGGGCGUGUAUCAAGGAAGGACUUCGGAUGUAUCCUCCGACCACCGGAAAUGGUCGAUGCGUCGGCAAAGAUCUUGUCCUGCAAGGAUACCGCAUACCGAAGGGGACUAUGGUAGCAAUGGGUCAGCUGGUUCUGCAGCGCCAGGAAGGACAAUUUACCCGGCCUUCGGAAUUCCUGCCGGAACGGUGGCUCAGUGGACCGGAAACCGCUGGCUGUCCGAGUGCCAAGGAAGCGCAUCCGUUCGUGUAUAUGCCGUUUGGGUUCGGUGCUCGUACCUGCAUCGGGCGCCGGUUGGCCAUGAUGGAGAUGGAGAUACUGGUGUCGCGCCUCAUCCGUCAGUACCACGUCCGGUGGAACUAUGGUGAGAUCAAGUUUAGGGCUAGCGUGGUGAACGUGCCAUCAACGGACUUGAAGUUUGAGUUGCAAGAUUCUAUCUGUUUUUUCACCGGUGUUCCGCUUUUUACAACCGUGUACCGUUUGAAAUCAGACAUUAUGCUGUGCUCGAGUAGCAUCGUGGUACGCCGAGGGAUCGCUUCCAGCUCGCAACUAUGGCGCAGUGUACAGGCCGCACCGCAACUCAGCAACGACGAUCUGAUCGAUUCCGAAUGGGCCACCGCUAAACCAUACGAAAGUAUUCCCGGACCGAACAUUUGGAAGAUGGUGACCGGUUUUAUGAAAGGCGGACGUUACGCGGAUCUAAGUUUGGUCGAUUUGCAUAGCCGGUUGCGGGAUGAUUUUGGAUCGAUCAUCCGAAUGCCGGGAUUAAUGGGCCGAAGAGAUAUCGUGAUGAGCUUCGACCCAGAGGAUUUCGAAAAAGUGUUUCGUACAGAAGGAACCUGGCCGGUAAGGCGUGGUCUGGACACAAUGGCGUACUAUCGACAAAAAUUACGACCGGAAGUUUUUGGCGAAAUGGGUGGUUUAGUAACGGAGCAAGGCGAAAGCUGGCAAAAGAUGCGCACGAUCGUGAAUCCCGUCAUGAUGCAGCCUAAAACAAUGAGGCUAUACGUGGAUAAGGUUGAUGAGGUAGCUCGUGAGUUUUUGGAAAUUGUAGCGGGUUUGCGCGACUCGAAACAAGAGCUACCGGGCGAUUUUGAUCAAUGGAUUAACCGUUGGGCCUUGGAGACAAUGGGUGUGCUGGCAUUGGACACGAGGUUCGGCGUUUUGAAGACGGACCAAACUGAGGAAGCGAAAAAGAUCCUGGCGCUUGUGAGAAACAUCUUUGACUUUAGCUAUCAACUGGAUGCAUUACCCUCGGUAUGGAGGUAUUACAAAACACCAACCUUCAACAACUUGAUGACUACAUUCGAUGAACUAACAGAUAUAAUUAUGGCCAAGGUAGAUGAUGCUGUGAAGAGAAUAGAGAAGCAUCCAACUGCCGAAGGGAACCAGAGUGUCCUGGAGAAGCUGCUUAAGAUCGAUAAACACGUGGCCGUGAUUAUGGCCUUGGACAUGCUAAUGGCAGGAAUCGAUACCACAUCUUCCGGUUCAAUGGGCAUGAUGUACUGUUUGGCCAAGAAUCCCGACAAGCAGUCGAAACUUCGCGACGAGCUACGCACAAUCAUGCCUAACAAGGAUUCACCUUUGACGGCGGAGAAUAUGCGUAAUCUACCAUAUCUUCGCGCCUGCAUCAAGGAAGGAUUGCGAAUGUUUCCUCCAGUUGUCGGUAACUUCCGGGCAACGGGCCGUAACAUAGUGCUACAAGGAUAUCGUAUUCCGAAGGACACGGAUGUCGGGAUGGGUUCGUUGGUGUUGCAGCAUGACGAGAAACGCUUCACGCGCGCCAAGGAAUUCCUUCCGGAACGUUGGCUUGCAGAUCGCGAUGCAGACAUUCCCAGUGGUAAGGACGCGAACCCGUUCAUCUUCCUACCAUUCGGAUUCGGCUCUAGGAGCUGCAUUGGUAAGCGACUAGCCAUGAUGGAGAUGGAAAUCAUAACGGCGCGCCUCAUCCGCAAAUAUGAGGCACGAUGGAACUAUGAGGACUUCAAAGUGCGCGCCACACUUGUCAAUAUUCCAUCUAAUCCAUUGCGGUUCGAGUUGAAAGAGGUUGAUCACUGAUCGAGAGUACUUUUGGAGGUAUUUUUAAUUAAGUAUCCGAAACUUUGUAUAUGAUAUUGGCUUUUAAAUAAAUGUAUCAAAUUAUGGUGAAUACUA